CGUCGCGCAGCUUAAUAUCUGUGCAACCUUCGGUGACGGAGGGGCGGGCUUGCGCGACAAGGUUUCGUAUCCUUGGGAUGGCCACGGCUCCAAUGCGCAACCCACUAUACUUGCGGUCUUCGGUCCUUCUUUUCGGCCAAUCUUCAAUUCAUGCUCUCCUCCCAUCGACACUUACCGCACAAGUCGAAUCUUUACUGGAGAACGGGAAGAUCUCAGACGCUCAGGUGCUGCUAGGCAAGGCUGAAACUCAGGGUGCUCAGUCUGAGGUUUUCCAAUAUCUUCACCAAUGCACCGCAUUCAAACUCUUUGGCCAAACAAGGUUCCAGGAUGCCACACAGCAUUUCGUGAAAGGGGCCACUGAUCCCCGGGUACUGAUCUCAUACUUCGAGGAGUUGCGUCCUGCGCUAUGCGAUGAGGCGCCCUCAUCAGAGCUCAACCAGAAUAAUGCUGGAAACACGAAGUGUGGAUUUGUGGAAGUAGAGGUAUAUGCUGGCGUGCAAAAAUACAUGCCCAGUGAAACGAGUGUUGACGACGUAAUCGCGACUAACUUAGUCAGGAAUUAUUCCCCUUAUCUGCGCCCACAGAUGCUUUCAGAAACCGAUGAUGCAGAUAACACACCGUACGCGUCGACCAGCUCGGUUCCAUCGAGUUCGGUCAGUGGCACCCGCACACACCCCGCAACUGUUGCGAUGCGGGACGUGCUGGGGAGCCAAGCAAGAGAAAUGAUUGAGGCAGCAUUGAGCGCAAUGUUGGUUGAACAGGCGGAAUCCUGGACAAGAGAUGUCGUAGAGAUCACUGCCACUGCUCUUGCACUGCACUACGCACAUUCGGGAAAUGUUCCUUCACUACUGGCAUCGUUCCGACCUGCUUUACGUUCAAUAUCACCUAGGCCACCUUCGAGGCCGCCCUCCCGCCCCACUUCUUCGCAACUUCAUCUACCACCCUCAGAAAUUUUCGUUCCCCCUUUACCGCCUGCCCGCCCAUCCGCUCAUUCGUUGCAACAGCCGACCAUGACUAUCCGUCCCCAUAUACUCGCCCGGGUCCUUGAAACGCUCAAGCUUUGGAGUCCUCUCAUAGAACUAUGGCGGGCCGUCGGUGACGUGGCCAGACUGAUAAGCGUAUUGGCCAGCCUCGUUGAAGGGACGUAUCACGACGCGUCGGUCUCAGAUCCGCUUGGUCAGAUAAUUGCGAUCUUGUCUUCCCUUCAGCAGCCCGAACGCUCGACUGCGGACGUGAUCAUUGCUCCCACCAUUGGUGAAGCGGAGAGGCGAUCACUGAUGCGCAAGUGGGGCGUGUGGCUUGCCGCUCGGGACGUCGACAGGGGGUUAAGCCUCCUCAUGUCCGGGCCGCCUACACGUGUGCAACGUCCGACAACUGUCAGUGGUCGCACAAAGGACAAAGAUUGGGAAAGGGAGCAGGAGAAAACGGACGAACUUGCUGUACUGGCUGAGCUCCGAAAGACGGGGUCAGCAGCUGCGAAAAAGUAUCUGGAGUGGCUAAUCGUUGGGAAGGGACGAGAGAAUUCACUUCUCCAGGGUCAGCUGGUAGAAAGCUGUGUUGAAGACCUUUUUGAGUGCUUGAGAGACGAUGCGAUUGCAAAAUUAUGGAGGGCAAAAUGCGCUUCAUAUACCUCCGCAACCCCAACAACUGCCGCAUCACUGUCCAAGUUCCCGUCCACUCAGGCUGCUUCCCUAGUGUCUGACUCGCUAGCACGGGCAGCAAAUAUACCCCCACCGCGACCUCCCUUCCUGUCCUAUUUCGUAUCGACCACUCCAGACUCCCUAUCGAAACGCACACGUGUAAAAGCGCUCCUUUCCUUACAGGCAACACCGUUUGGUAACGGUGCGGAAGGCGAAGCACUCGUAAAACGUGUACAAGAACGCAUAGCGGAGGGUGGCUGGGAAAAGGUACUCGGCCUCGAAGUGGCCGUUCUGCAUUCCAAGCUGUCUCCACCAUCCAUAGUCCUUCGGACACUCCAUUCACUUCGGGAUAGCGUAACGGCGGAAGCCUAUGCAUCCAAUGGCGGCGUGUACGGUGUCAUCAGCCCGCGUAUCGGUGCAAGCGCAGCUGAGGGGUGCGAACUAGCAGAUUGGGCUAAGUGGUUCUCGAAGACUGUGGAAGACAGGAGCGCCGCCGUGAAUCGAACGAAAAGUGCGAAUCCGGGGAGGCAGCCACCCUCGGAAAUGCUCAAGACCCUGGUACAGGUCUACACUGAGGAUGAGGAUAUACAGCAAGUCUCGCGACUGUUAAGUUCACAGGCACAAAACCUGGAAAUCCCGGAUGUUAUCUCGUUGGUUCCAGAAUCUUGGCCACUCCAUUCCGUAUCUUCCUUCCUUGUUCGAUCUCUCCGGCGUUCGCUGCACGAGAAGCACGAGGGCCAGAUCGUAAAAGCGAUAUACGCCGGUCAGAACCUCAAGGUUUUCGAGCGAUCUUACAUUACUUUGCGUGACGAAGGUGCGAUCAUCGAAGAGGCCAUCGAAGAUGGUGAAGAAGGUGGUUCCGGAGAAAGCUUCGAUGAGAAGGUCGGACUCGUCGAGAAGGUUGCGAUGCAACUAGGUCGCGGGGACAUAGACGUGGUGGAUAUAGAGGGGAGUAGUGGAGGAGGUUGAUGAACUUGGUUAUGUUGGUUGUAUCAGGUUUAGCUUUCUGCCUUGGAUCACUUUGGUAAUGUUUCAUUUCACACUCAUAACAAACU